GUAAAUCGAAGCGUCAAUUUUCGCUAUAAAACGCGAACGACUCAACAAUUUUGCAUUCAGUACGAUCUGUAGACGGGUUACUAUAACUACAAACACAAACCACUCUAGUCGAGCAGAUAAAACGGUCUUCACGAAAACAAAUUGACAAAAAACGUGACUUAAAUCAAGCCCAAGUUUAAAAUGGAAUCCAGAUUAAUUGCAGCCACCCUUCUGCUCUGCUGCUUUGGCUACGCCUGUGCAGGAAACAUGCCGGACUAUAUCAAGAUCUGUCAUCGCAACGAUCCCGAGCUAUCCAAGUGCGUGAGGCAGAGUGUGCAUAAUUUGCGUCCAUACUUGGGUAAGGGCAUCAAGGAAAUCAAUGUGCCCGCUUUGGAGCCACUCUACAUUGGUGACCUGAACAUACUCGAGGGCGGCAGCAGCGGCAUUACAGUCAAGGCCAAAAAAUUGAACAUCUACGGUGCGUCGAACUUUGAAAUAACUAAAAUGCGCGCCUCCACACAGAAUAGACGCUUUGAUUUCGAGCUGCUUUUACCGCUGCUGCAGGGAGAGGGCCAAUAUGAUAUUAAUGGCAAUAUACUUGCACUGCCCAUCAAGGGCAACGGGCCCUUUGUCGGUAACUUUACCAAUUUUGUAGCUUAUGUGCGCAUCACAUACGACGUUAGGAACGUCAACGACAUUGACUACUUUGAGGUGAAGGAGUUUGCCUUGAAGAUACGCACUGGCAAAGGGCGUUUGCGUCUGGAGAAUCUCUUCAAUGGCGACAAGGUGUUGGGAGAUGUUAUCAAUCAGACGAUCAAUGAGAAUUUUGAGCUCUUCACGAAUGAGGUGAUAGCGCCCAUUGCUCGCGCACUGGAGGUUAAGUUCCUGGCGAUUGCCACUAAAAUCCUGGAGAAUUUUACCUACAAUGAACUGUUUCCAGUUUAAUUAAAUUAUAUACUUAAUGUUCUA